AACCAACAAAAUCCUACAUAAGAGGCCAACGCCUCCUCUGUCUCCCUCACCCACUUGCCGCACCCCUACGCUUCUCUCAAACCUGUGCAUAUAUAUAUUACACACACCCAUUGAAGCCUCCAAUUUCACAUUUUUACCUCAUUGCUCCUCCUUUUACUCCAUCCUUUUUUCAGGGAUUUUCAGUAGAAUUUAGACUGUUUUCCUGUACCCUCUCCCUUCCCCUCAAUUUAUUGAUCUUCAGUCUUCUUCUCUACAGAUAAUUUUCAGAUUUUUCUUGUUUACAUAUAUAUUAGUCAUGUCUAAUUCGUAUCCCCAAAAUUUGAACUUUUCUCCUGCAAGAAGUGUUCCUUCUCCACAUAUAAGGAGCAAUACAGAUGUUGAAAGUCAGCACUUGACAGAGCUGCUAGCAGAGAGGCAAAAGCUACAGCCAUUCAUGCAAGUACUUCCUGUAUGCAGCAGGCUCUUGGAUCAAGAAAUAUUACGAGUUUCUGGAAAAAUCUCUAGCCAAGGAUUUAGUGACUAUGAUAGACUGCAGCGCGGUAGUCCUAGUCCAGUGGCCUCUUUGAACAUGAUGCCGGAUGUUGGAGUAGGUUUAGGUAGCUGGAAUGGAAAUGGUUGGAUCGGCAUUCAGCCUGAGGUGAGCUGAAAUUAAUGGCUAACGUAAUGUAC